UGUAGCAGCUUUCAAGCGGAAAGUUGUCUCACGCGGGAAAAACAACUUUCAGGCACUCAAAAAUUCGUUGCCUCACGCCUUAAAACAAAAUUUUACUCGCAGCUGAUAUUUUCGCGUAAGAGGCUGCAUAAAGCUUGUCUCGAGCUCAAGAAUCCAGUAACAUUAAAACCCCGAUAUUAUUAGAUCUGUUUUUCUUUUCUUUGCCGCGAAUAGAUUGAAGUAGCUGUAAGGAGAUUGGUUUUGGUUCGUCUCAAUUUAAAAACUCUGCUUUGGUAGGGUUUUGUAAUGUUUUUCGUGCAAACUUUGCCUCCAUUUUUUCUCAUUGGCAUAGUUGACAGCACCACACGGUUUGUGCAGAAUCUUGAGAUGGUUGUGGGCCGGAUCAUAUGCUAAGUAUGGUGCUGCCAAAGUGGCAAUGUGAAAGCAUAGUUUCUAGAGGUUGAGAAACUAUUCAAGAUGUGGAGAGGGCAUUGAUAUUAGUAGCAUUGCCACGGGCUUUUGGUAUGCUGUGCCUGUCAGAAAAGAGCAACUGCUCAGUGACCAUGAUGUAGAGCAGUGCAAGGUUUUGUAAGAGACUGCAGAAUCAAAAGCUGUGCCAUUAAAAGCAAUGGGGAAGAAAGGGGUCAAAAGAGGGAGGCAAACUGCAGCAAAGAAGGAACCAUCACCCUCUCUGAAAAACAAUGAAAAUCCAAGUAAUGACAUACACAAUAAGGACCCCGAAGAUCAAAAUCAGAUGAAAAGGGGUAGAUCAAAGAGGUUGAAAAGGGGAUCAUAUCCUGUUACGGAAAAUGGAAAAAAGGGCGAGAACACUGGUAAUUCUGGUGAAUUGGCGGAUCAAAAACAACUUUUGGAGUUAAACAACCGUGAAGUUGAACGUAGAAUUGUUGCCAUCCAAGCAAUUCGUGAUGCACAAAUUGAACAUGUUCUUACUCAAUUGAGAGUGGCACGCUCAAUGCUUUCAAAGGAACAACUUAGUAUGCAACUUCUACAGUUCCUGAAAGAAUACUGCCCAAACACUAUUGCAAUCAAGAACUCAGAGGGGAUUAUUGAGUUUGAAAAAAAGACUCAAAACUAUGAUGUGGAUGGAAGUCAUAUUGGUGAGAAAGAAUGGCGGAAGUCGGUUGGGUGUCAGGGAUCGGUUUCUGUUGAUGACCAAACUGUGAUGCCGACACCUGUUGGUUUUCACUUCACCAGCUCUGCAGUGAAAGAAAAAUUUCUUCGUAGCAUUGGUAUUCAUGUUUCCAACCUGGCUUUUGAAGAGAAUUCCGAAAUCAAAAUAAUCGAUGGAGAAAAUUCAUUUCAGACUCCUAACAUGGAUUGCAAAACAAGGUCAAGCAUUGGCAUCACACCUAAAACCCGAAGGCUUCCUAAACGAGGUGAAAUGCUACUUUCAGUCCAUGGCUCUCCUCUUGGGGUAUAUUGCGAAGAUAGGAUGGACACAAUUAGUGAAGCUGACAAGGAGCCUUAGCAUCAAUCUUAUGUCACUUGAAAUAUUUUUUUCUAUAUGGAUAUUUAUGAUGGUGCAUAACAAGGGAGCUUGAUAUCUAAGGUUUAACCCAUAUUGAGAUAAAUAUGCUCAGGACAUGUCAAGUUGACACUGUCAUCAUGUUUAUGGACAGAGAAAGAUGACAUUUACAUCCUUUCUGUGUUGUAUAGUAUGGCUUAUCUUUUACAUUCGGCCAGUUCUCAAACAGAGAUGUAUCUAUGUUUCAAGAUGGACAGUUAUGUCAUAUAAUGGAGGUUAACAUGUCAGUUAAUAUUUAUGGGUAUGUUCAAACGGUUGAACUCUUUCUUGCCCUCAAAUCUUUUUUCUUGUAUCUGGUUGGCUGUGGUGCUAAUUCCUCAUUUGCACUCAUUACCUUGAAGAAAACAUAUUUGGAGUGCUGUAACCAGUAGUGAUGUUCGAUGGGAAGCUAUUAUGGGUACAUAUUCAUAUGUUUGGUCUCUUUUCUACACCAUACGGAAAUGAUGAACGAGGACUACCCUGAGCCAAUGAAGAAGUGUUGCUGGUGCAAACGUGGACCCGUGGAUACCUUGAAUAGAAGAAUCAUUUUUGAUAUCGUAUUAGCAGUGAAGUGCCUAUAGUAUCUUUGAUGGUUAUUUUUUUUUAACAUUCUUGCUAAGACUAUUUUAAACCCACUGACAUUUUGCUGUUUUAAGAGGUGAUUAUGCU